AUGACUUCACUGGCCCAAUCUGCCAUCCCUAUCCCGAGUCCUGACCCAAAAAGGUUUUGUUGCAGCUUCGGAGGUAAACCUUCAAAUUUGAUUUUAAAUUCGAACUUGAUUCCAAGUUCGGACCCUAAAAGAUCAAAAUUUACAGACCGAAAAAAGGUGAAAUUUGAGUUGAGAUCGAAAAAGAUGGAACUUUCGAGUCUGAAUAAGUGUGUUGAGAUAUACAACCAUGGUGAUGAUUUCAUAAGUGUGUUGCCUGAUGAUAUUCUCCUUGUUAUCCUAUCUUCCCUCCCAUUGAAAGAAUCUGGCCGAACAAGUGUUCUUUCAUCUCGCUGGAGAUACUUGUGGAGUUACACCUCUUAUCUCUACUUUGAUGACCAUAGUACCAUGGAGAAGAUUGCCCAGGACCCGGAUUGUUGCACUUUAAAGAAGGAAAGGGAAAAGUACGUGCUAUCGAUGCUCAAUUUCCCUGUGAUGCCUAAACUUAGGAAGUUGGUCUUCAUAAAAGGUUUAAUUGGAGUGGACUCGAGUCUUCUAGACCUAGCUCACUUUAUCAACGCAUCUCCCAACUUGCAAGAAUUUGAGUUAAAGCAAAAUUUGUUAAAAGCUGAAAGGUCGAAUAGAGAAAUUCAGAAGGGAGUUAAGCAGUUUCCACUGCACCAGCACUUGAACGUUUUUCAGUUUUUAGGUUAUUAUGGUUGCCCGAGUGAUGUUGAAUUAGUCAACUACUUGUUGGAGAAUUGUGUCGCGCUUAAGGAGAUCAUUGUUGAUACCCAACCUCGGGACCCUAUUGCCUAUGAGCCAGUUGAUCAUAAAGAAAUAAAAUUGGCCGAAGAAGCAAAGAUUUACGCUAAACAGCAGCUGGAGCCGCUGCAACAAUGGUUUGAUGUUGAAAGGUCAAAUAGAGAAAUUCAGAAGGGAGUUAAGCAGUUUCCACUGCACCAGCACUUGAACGUUUUUCGGUUUUUAGGUUAUUAUGGUUGUCCGAGUGAUGUUGAAUUAGUCAACUACUUGUUGGAGAAUUGUGUCGCGCUUAAGGAGAUCAUUGUUGAUACCCAAUCUCUGUGUCGUCCGGCCUAUGAGCCAGUUGAUCCUGAAGAAUUAAAAUUGACAGAAAUAGCAAAGAGUUAUGCCAAACAACAGCUGGAGCCGCUAGUACCUAAGCACAUUAAGUUAUUUAUAUGUUAA